GUCGCAAGAAGCUGUCGCGCGGCAGUGGCCGCACUUGAGCAAAAAGGCCAGGGAGCACCAAACGACAGGUCAGCGACUCCUCACAUCGCUCAAAAUGGACUCCUCACCGGCCAAACGUCGAAAAAUCUCCGAGUCCGGCGCAUCAAUUCCCAAUGGCAGCGUUCUGGAGGCAGCUGCCAGCUCGGCAGGCGUCUAUCGGCCGAGCCCCUUUAUCCUUGAGACCGAGGAGCUCCUGAGCGAGAUCAAGAUCGAUCCAUCCGAGGCGUUGAAGGGCGCCGACCAGCUCCUCCACAAGAUCAAGGGCGCCAUCGAGACCCUGGACCCCCAUGGACCGCUCCCCAUUAACGACGCAGUGAAGCGAUUCGAAAAUGAGAGCGGCAUCCGCAUCCCCUUCCCAGACCCAAAGCCGCCCAAGGACUCGCAGUACAAGCUCUCACUUGAGCGCCCGACUGUCUUCAAUGUCGUCGGCAGCUACGUCUCGAAGACCAUGAUAAAGUCACAGGGCGACAUGGCCGUGGACAUGGUCGUCGAGAUGCCGCAGGGCAUGUUCCAGGAAAAAGACUACCUGAAUCUCCGGUAUUUCUACAAACGGGCGUACUUUCUCGCCCACCUUGCGGCCCAGGUGCGCAAGGAGCUCGGCCUGGAAGUGUCGUUUGCGCGCCUCAACGACAACCCCCUAGUACCGGCCCUACGUGUCUCCGCUGCGCAAGAUACCAAGGACUCCGCCAGGAGCAAGUCAGGCGCCACCGUGAGGAUAAUUCCUUGCGCGCCUGACCGCCUCUUCCCCAGAAACAAGCUGUUGUCGACGAGCAAUGCAGUGCGCCCUCCUGGUGGCGCCGAGGACAAAGAGACCACCCCAGCGCCGACUCCUUUCUACAACUCAACUUUAAAAGCGGAGGGGCUCUACUUCACUUACCUCAAGGCACUCCGCUUGACGGAGAAAGUGUCGCCCGCUUUUAAAGAUGCAUGUGCUCUCGGGCGCGUGUGGUUGCAGCAGAGAGGGUUUGGCGCCUCUAUCUCACGGGGCGGAUUUGGCCACUUUGAGUGGUCGCUGCUACUAUCCCUGCUUAUGCAAAGCAACAGGCGGCGGAAAAGCGGAGACCAGCAGUCCGCGCUCUCCUCGGCCCUCAGCAGCCACCAGAUGUUCAAGGCUGCCAUACAGUUUCUGGCCAAGGCUGAUCUAGCCGAUGGCAGCAGGAAGCCCGUGGUUCUGGGCAAGCUAGGUGACGUGAACAUAGAGUCGGUGCGCGAGCCUAGCCCGGUACUGUACGACGCAGCGAGGCAGCUGAACUUUGGUUUCAAGAUGAGCCCUUGGUCGGCUGCAAUGCUGAAACGGCAGGCUAAGUGGACGCUGGAUGUGCUCAACAACAGCACCGUGAACCAGUUCACUGCGGCUUUUAUCACCAAGGCAGAUGUGCCUCUCCAAAUCUUCGAUUUGCUCGUUCAAGUACCUUGCCCGAGCGCUGAUGAGGCCAGGACUCCCGGCUCACAGGGCGGUAUGUUCGAGUUCGCCAGCAGGGUGCACCGAAUUCUAAAGCGGGCUUUGACUGGCCGGGCGCAGCUCAUCCACAUCAAACUACCAGAGCAGCGUUCAUGGAGUCCUUCGAAAUCCCCCAAGCUCGCUACAGAAUCAGAUACACUCCUCGUCGGUGUCAUUUUCGACCCGGCUGAGAUGGGCCGGAAAGUCGAUCACGGACCAUCAGCCGAGGAAAAGGCGGAAGCGAGGAAGUACCGGCAGUUCUGGGGCGAAAGAUCCGAGUUGAGGCGAUUCAAGGACGGCAACAUACAGGAAACGCUAAUCUGGACGCACGAUACGCCGUUUGGUGUUUGCAAGGAGAUUGUGAACUACAUCCUCAAGCUCCACCUCAAGAUGGAUGCGAGCGAGCUUGAGUUCUACGGCAAUGGGUUCACUUCCCUCAUACACGCAAAAGCCUCAGAUGCGGCAGCCUACUCUACAGCCCGCGAGGCUUUUUCGACACUGGAGCGCGAUAUCCGGUCCCUGGAAGAUCUACCCCUGCAGGUGAGGCACGUCGCGCCCGCAGCUCCAGAACUACGGUCGUCAUCGGUGAAAGCUCCUCAGCUGGACCAACCACGAGCGCCCUACAGGCCGAUGGAUGUGGUGAUAUCCUUCGAGGUUUCAAGCAAGUGGCCCGAUAACAUUGCUGCCAUCCAGCGCACCAAGGUGGCUUUCCUGCUCAAGAUUGGGGACCUUCUCUCGUCAGCAAACUCCAGCAUCACCACCCAUGUCGGUCUAGAGGAUGCCGAGCACGAGCACGAAAACCUGGCCUUCUUGGAUAUCGUCUACGACGAGGGCGCCGUCUUCCGUCUCCGAGUCCACAGCGACCUCGAGGAGACCCUUCUCGAUCGCCAAACCAAGGACAAAACGCUCGAGCAAUUCGCGCGCACCGAGAGCGCUAGCUUCCUGGCCACCUCACGCCGACGAUUCACGCACCUGCCGCUGCUCAACCAGACCAUCUCGACCUUUUGCACUCGUUUUCCCGCAUUGUCGCUGACCAUCCGCCUCGUCAAGCACUGGUUCGCCUCGCACAAGCUGACGAACCACUUCCUGCCCGAGGUCGUCGAGCUCGCGGCGCUACACGCCUUCAUGAACCCGGCGCCGUGGCAGAUCCCCUCGGGCCCCGUGACGGGCCUGCUGCGGACGCUCAUGCUCCUCGCCCGCUGGGACUGGCGUGACGAGCCCCUCAUCGUCGACCCCUCGGGCGACAUGGACGCGGCCGCGCGCCAGGCCGUGUCGGCCCGCCUGACGGCCUGGCGGCGCACGCUCGACCCGGCCAUGAACCGCACCGUGCUCCUCAUCGCCACCCCCGCCGACGAGACGGGCACGGCCUUCACGAGCGCCGAUGGCCGCGCGCUACCCAGCCGCGUGGCCGCGUCGCGCAUGACGGCGCUCGCCCGCUCGGCCUGCCGCCUGGUGCGCGAGCGGGACCCAGCUCAGCUCGAGCCCCGCAUGCUGUUCGCGCCCUCGCUCGCCGACUACGACGUGGUGCUGCACCUCGACGGCCCCACCGUCAAGCGGCUCAGGGCCGCCGGCGGCGGCGGCGGCGGCGACGCGGGCGCGGCAAAGUCCAGAUUCAAGAACCUAGACGGCUCCGCCACGGGCGCGCGGCCGCCCCUCGCGCGCGACCCCGUGGGCGCGCUCCUGGGCCGGCUCGAGGACGCCUACGGCGCCGCGCUGGUGCUGUUCCGCGGCGCGGCCGACGACCUGGCCGUCGGCGGCAUUUGGAACCCGACGGUCCAGCGCCGCUCCUUCCGCGUCAACCUUCCCUGCUCCUUUAGGCCCGUCGGCUCGUCGUCGGCGGCGGCGGCGGCGGCGGCGGCGGCGAGGAAGCGCAAGGGCGACGACAGGGACGUAGAGGUGGACAGCGACGACAGCUACAACAGCGGGGACGACGAUGAUGUCGUCGAGGUCAACCGCGAGGCCAUGCUGUCAGAGAUGGCGAGGAUAGGGGGGGAUCUGAUCCAGAGCAUCGAGGUCAAGGGUUCAUGA